GUGUGUGGGUCUCCCCCAGUAAGGAUCAGAACACCAAGAUGGCGCUGCAGCUCCUGUAGCGGAGACAGGAGAGAGACUGCUAUGUUCGCCCUCUUGUAAUUACAGCUCUGUGAUCAUUCCGAACAGGAGCAGCAGCGGCGCUGUAGCAGAGCAGGCGCCUGGCUGUGACUGGAGGGACUGCGGGGAUCCGGGAGCGGAGCGCUAGUGGGAAUAACAGCACAAUACGGAGCCCCGGCAUCGGCGAGUCCCCAGCCUGUUAUACACAGCAGCACGCCGGAGAGAGACCGGGGAUCAGCGCUCCAGCACUGCAGGCUGGGGAUACCUCGGCUGUGAGGCGCUGGGGAGGGGGGGUGAGCAUUGAAGAUGAAUCGAAGUUUUAGUAAGUCCCAGACUUUGCGAUAUGUGGCCAGCAGCAGCGUGGAGGUAAAGAGCAAGUAUGGAGCAGAGUUCAGAAGGUUCUCCUUAAAUCGUUACAAGCCUGGAACUUUCGAGGAAUUCUACAACCUUCUCAUUCAAGUCCACAAUCUCUCCAAUGUGGAUGUGAUGCUUGGCUAUGCCGAUGUGCACGGCGACCUCCUUCCUAUCAACAAUGACGGCAAUUUCUGUAAGGCCGUGUCGAGUGCUAAUCCAUUGCUUAGGGUAUUUAUACAAAAUCAAGAAGAAGUAGACUACAGCACCUAUGGUUCAGCCACAUUGAACAGAAAGAAGAAAAAUGCAUUGGCGGCAUUACGUAAUGAUAGCCUUCGCCACAAGAAACCGCACAUCAACAUUAGCAUGCCCCAUGACUUUAGGCCCGUCUCCUCCAUCAUCGACGUGGAUAUACUUCCUGAGACACACAGACGAGUGAGACUGUUCAGGCAUGGAUGUGAAAAGCCUUUAGGAUUCUAUAUUCGUGAUGGAAUUAGUGUCAGGGUGACCCCUCAGGGUUUGGAAAAAGUGCCAGGAAUAUUUAUCUCCAGGAUGGUUCCAGGUGGUUUGGCGGAGAGCACUGGGCUGCUGGCAGUAAAUGAUGAAGUUUUGGAAGUGAAUGGUAUUGAGGUAGCUGGGAAGACUCUUGACCAGGUCACAGACAUGAUGAUUGCAAACAGCCACAAUCUAAUUAUUACUGUUAAACCUGCAAACCAAAGAAACAAUAUUCGAAGUAGCAGAAUGUCUGGCAGCUCUGGGCAGUCGACAGACAGCACGGCAAGCCACCACAGCUUGCCAUCUGCUCACCUACUACAGAAUUUUCACCCAGAUGAGGUGGAGAGUGAUGAUGAUGCUGACAUUGUUAUUGAAGGUAGCCUUGAGCCACGCAACAUUCCCAAAUCUCACAGUUUGCCAUCAGGCAGCCUUUCACGAAUCAAUGGCACUAGCCUCAGCCACAAGCUAGAAAGAGACUUGGCUAUUAACCAUUCUGGACGUGAGAGCAAUGGAAGUAUCCACAAAAUACUGAACAGCUUAAAGGCUGACCCAAGGAACAGCUUGGUGUUGCCCAAGGGCGGCAUUGAGGAAGAUGGCACUGUUAUUACACUUUAGGCAAUAUGUUUAGUAUCUCUGGGGCUAUCGCUUUUGUAGCAAGGGCUGUCCGGCAGAAAUAGCUUGCUCAUUCUUGAUCGCAUCCCAAAGAUAGCCUCUGUUACAAUAGCAUUAAUUGAAUUUCCCCCAUAGUGCUAUAUUUACUAAGACAUUUUGCAUGCAUAAUUUGAAACUGAAAUAUUAUUGAAUGCAAUGGUUUUCUGUGAAAUAAUAUUGCCAUUUUAAAUUAUGCGGUCAAACAAAACACUUAAUAGAUAUAGCGGUAUAUAUCAUAGGUUCCUAUUUGCUCGAUCUGGCUUGAGUUUGGUAAUAUAGGUGCUACAUUUAAAAUGCCAAUUUGUUUUAUGACAAAAUCGACCUGGUUGUGCCUUGAAACAAAUUACCGUUUUAAAUUUAGUUGUUGUAUUGCUGAACUCAAUCCAGCGAUUUGGAACCUAUUACAUAUAGCCCACAGUCUUGAACAUAUAGGGUACGUGUCUUGAAAAAAUAAAUUAAAUUGUGAGUUUAUAUUGAGUGGUCAGAAAGGUACUUAUUAACAAUAAUGUGUAAGUUUAUUUUCUAGUUCCAUCCCAGUUAUAAAAAAAAAGGGGGUUUGCUUGGACUCUGUUUGUACUGUACCUCUGUGACCUUCAGCGGUUGGAUGCAGUUUGUACUGUACCUCUGUGACCUCCAGCGCCUAACUGCACAGGGUCCAUUACCAAAGCAUCUCCUUUCAUAGUGAACUCAUUACACUUGUACAAACGUAGCUCAGUUUAUGUUUUAAAGAACAGCUUUCAUUCUAAAACCACUCAGUAUUUCUGUGGUACGUUUUUUUUUUCUUCUGUAAAUUCCUUACAAUGACAAAGUUAUAUAUAAUAAGAAAAAAAUAAAUCUUCUUUUACAGAUCCCUGCUGAACUAUAUUUUUAGCUAUAUAUUUUUGUUUCAAUCGAAGAUGUCUUAAAAUAGGGAGCCAGUACAAGUCGCAUAUUGUUAUUUGGUUCAAUAGCGCCACUUGCUGGUCAACCGUGGUAGCCUCUGGGGGAGAAAAAAAAAUCCCUUUUGUGUUUGUGGUAAAUGGGUAUACUACGACUAGUGCCUGAAGGAUCAUCCACAAUGGUUUGGUUUCUGUGAAUUGUGUUUCUAAAGUCUCAAGCUGCCUACAUCAAAACCUGAGCCCUGUUUAGCAAAUCCAUUGAAAACUGCUUUGUUGGACUCCUGGUACCUUAAGAUGCAUAAAAUACAUAAAUCUAUACAAUACGUGCUAUUGUUACACUGUGGGACUUCAUGUAUUCUAAGAAAGCUGCUCCUAAAGCACAGCCUUGACUUAACAGUAUUAAAAAGUUAGAGAAUUGUUUAUCCACAGUAAGCUGUCAUUUUGAUUUUCUGAUUAAUGCUGUGUCUCAUUUACAAUAUAUUUUAUAUUUUUGUGAUAUUACACAACAUAUGGAAACUGACUUUGGGGCUGGCCACAUUCAUUGUAGAUAAUGGUACCUUUUGGUUUUGGUAACAAAAUAAUUUUUAAGUGAACGUUAAGUGCAUAAAUUUGUAUGAAAACAUUUAGCAUACAUUUUAAUUUGGCUACUCCUGGAACAUUUAGCAUACAUUUAAUUUGGCUAAUCCUGAAAUUUUGUUGGAAGCACCCAAACUGAAAAGACCAGUGAUAUUAAGGCUGUUACUACUAUUAUCAAGUCUUACAACCAUUACGAAUUUCUGUUCUUUUUUGCCCUAUAUUGUCUUUAUCAUGUUUAUGUGUUUGUUUUAACAGUCUACAAUAUGCAUUUGGGAGAUCAUCGGUAUCACAACUGAAAGAUCAAUUACUUUAGUUAGUAGCGAACCUUUUAAAUACAUUCCACUGUCUUUUUUUCUAAUUUAAUACCUGACAUGAUAAUGAUGGACAGGUUCCGUUUUUUUUUAAAUAUAUAUUUGUACUUAAAAAAAAAAAAAAAAAAUAAGAGAAAUAAAGUCAGAACAAUCACUUCAUGCUUGAUUUAUGAUUUGAGUUUUAUAUGUAUAUAACUGUAUAUGUUAUGUAUGUGAAUUAAAAAGAGCGCGUCAUUUAAUGCAAUGAUAUAACUUACAGGUUGCUUCUGCAAACCACUACAGGUUACACUGUUUCAUAUAGAAGACCACUCUAACUGUACAGGGAACUCCAUAUGGAAUAGCUAUGCUGUCUGGGCAGUAGCAAUCACAUUACACAUUUUGUCAUGUAUACAGUCAGAAAAGGACUCGCAGUGCUCACUCUCAAUACCGCCCACAUACAACAAACGCCAAACCUGAUCACAUAGUAACAUUGGCGGCAUUACUGACAUGGUGAGCAGUAGACGGAAUACAUUGUAUUACACUCUUCUGCAGAGAAUAAACCUACUGGGAUUACUUAGAAAUGGAGUGCUGUAGCUCCUACUCACUGUACCACCUUACUGUGACUAAACGUUUCAUUGGGAACUUAGUCUAGGCCUUUAUUUUUUUUUAUUUUUUGGGGGAGGGGGGGGGUUUAUAUUUUCUGUUUUAUAUUUUUUACAUUUUGUAUCUCAAAUAGUCUUCUGCUUGCAUCCAUAAAGCCACAAGUAAAUUAUUUGACUUGGCGCACACAUGACCUGUAAGACUAUCAUGGUACAGUACUUGUUUGAAAUGUGUAGUGCUUAUAUAUGUAGGGCAGUGUUCUGUAAUUAAUGUCACAAAAUAAAAUGUCAUGCCAAUGA